AUGUUGUCAGCACGGUAUGAUGAUGAUCAAGAACGAGGACGAGCCUUGGGUCAAGCAAUGAGCGGUAUGAGCAUUGGAGUUAUGAUUGGGCCCGUAUAUGGUGGUCUGAUGUACAACUAUGUGGGAAAGCUGGCAACGUUUCUGGUUCUUGCUGGUAUAGCAUUGGUAGACGGUCUAUUACGCUUGAUCGUGAUUACGCCCGGAGUCACACAUCGUGAAUCUUCCAUAGCACUCACCUUUUGGACAGUAGCGUGUAAUCCUCGUGUUUUAACUGUUGUCGGUGUCUCUAUGAUUGGUUUUUUUGGUAUCGCAAUGUUCCAAGCUAUUCUUCCGCUUCAUAUUAUGGCAUCUAUGAAUGCUUCCAUUCUAGAACAGAGCUUGGUAUAUCUACCGGGAAAUUUGGCACUGUUCAUUAGUCAAAAUGUGUUUGGUUCGUUGGCCUUCAAGAUAGGCAGAGAACGGACUAUUAGCAUAGCCCUUCCGCUUAUGGCUCUAGGGUUUUUUAUCAUGCCAAUGUGUCAGACUACCAUCGUAUUGGUAGCGCCACUGGUCAUAAUUGAUUGGUGUAUGGGAAUGAUUUAUUCGGCUAGCACUGGCAUGCUUUCGCAGAUGGCGGCUGAAUAUGAACACUCGAGUGCAUAUGGACAUGUCUUUGCGGUUUUUGAAUCAGUCACAUCUUUAGUUUUCAUUAUCAGCCCCAUAACGGGCGGAUUUUUUGUACAAACAUUAAAUUUUACUUGGGCAAUGAAUAUAGUUGCUGUUAUGAUUAUAUGCUAUACUAUUUUCUUCAUCCUAAUGGUAUAUUUCGUAUUUCCCAAAGUGACUUGCCAUCCUGGUGAAAAGAUGACCUUGAUUAGAUCAUCGAAAACUGACACAGUUGAUUAG